AUGACACCCCGUGUGCUCCCUGCCACGAACUCAUUGAACCCAUAUCUACAAUUCUGGCUACCACUUUCCAUGAACGAUAAUGCUCUUUUUUCCGCAUUAUUAUCUGCUUCUCUCUCACAUCAAGCCAUUAAUAGGCUCCUCGAAAAUGGAUUUUCAUUCUCUGAUCAAGACACAGAGCAUCAUCUCCAGGUUUCCUACAAAGAGACAAUCAGUGCGAUCAAUGACUCUCUGCGGGACCCGUACCGCGCCACAGCCGAUGGCACUAUACUUGCUGUCCUUAUGGCUGUCGAAAAGCCGGAUGUACAAAUGCACAGACCGUGGUCUCAGGAGUCUCCAUUUCAGGCCCCGCUUCAAGGUCUACAGUGGCUAAAAGUACAUAGUGCUCGGGAGCCGAAUAUUGCUCACCAAGAUGGACUAUGCAGGAUCGUCAAGCUACGUGGAGGACUAUCUAAUAUUGAAACACCGGGAAUUGCUGCUGCAGCUUUCUAG